AUGGGGCCAAUGCGCCUCAGCCUCUACAGGCUACUGGAGAAUCCGCGCUCGUCAUUCGGAGCUAAAGUGUUCUCUAUUAUAUCCGCUUUCUUUGUUCUACUUUCAUUGUUAGGUUUGAUACUUAGUUCAAUGCCAGAACUGCAGGAUGAGCAGAAAGAACCGCAUUACAUUCUUCAGUGGCUUGAGCUGUGUUGUAUGGCCUACUUUACUGUGGAAUAUCUUGCCCGUUUCAUCGUGAACCCAUUCAAGGCAAAAUUCAUACGCUCUCCUUUGAAUGUGAUUGAUGUGCUGACGAUUUUGCCAUUUAUCAUUGAAGCCUUUAACGAGCUUCAAUGGAUGAAAAAUUUCAGAGGUGCCAUGCUCGUAGUGCGAGUAAUGCGAUUAGCCAGGGUAGCUCGUAUAUUUAAGCUGGCCAGGUAUAGCACUGGUUUGCGAGCAUUUGGAGAGACGAUGAAAAAGAGUGCUGCAGAGCUUAGCAUGCUGGGAAUGUUCUUACUCACAGGUGUUAUAACGAUGACAACUGUUGGUUACGGUGAUCUUGUUCCCGUCACAGCAGGAGGCAAGGUUGUCGCAGCGAUGGCUUCGGUUUGUGGCAUUAUCGUGCUAGCCUUUCCAAUCUCUAUGAUCAUCGACAAAUUUGCCGAGUCCACAGGCGUUUGGAACGAGGUGGAAAAAGAAAAUCCGAAGAAGGGGAAAGCGAAGCGCACUUUUUUUUAA